UACUAUUUAUGUCAUGCCCUCAACGAAUCACGAGGCAAACUAACAAUCAGGCAAAUUGAAAGCACUCUACCGUUGCUGACGCAGACGCUGGUUCUAUAGCAACCGGAUAUCAACGGAUGAAGCUUGUGCUAGCUGCGGCACUAGGAGUUACACUGCGUCGGCAGAUAUGUCCCGAGCUCACGCAGAAAGCGUGCUUGAAAGCAUAAUUCGUGAAAUACUGCACGAAUGUGAAGUGAGGGGACAUGCAGUAUCGGAUACUCUGGUGACUUUCAUGGUGAAAGCCGUAGUGUUGGAUCCCAGAAAUGGGUUCAAUGUGAAUCGGAUACUGACCAAACAAGAUGUCCAAAAGGUUGAGGAGUUGUGUGUGGAUAAACUCAUGGAAAAGUGCAGUCCCGCUCUUGAUGCAAUCCAAAUGCAAAUUUAUUUUGAUAUGAAUUAUACCGCCCAACGUGAUUUUCUUGAGGAAAUCCACCAGGUGUUGGAGUACAAUUUGGGCCCAGUGAGGAGAGAGAUUACUGACAGCAGAAUGAAAACAAGGGAGGAGUUUGAAACUCUCUACCAUAAAAUCAUCACUUACAUCCUGCUGGGCUCUGCCAUAAGCUCUCCUUCAGACAUCAGCGCUGUACAAGAAGCUAGAGCUGCCCUGCAGAGUGUCUUUCCUCAGACUGAACUGGGAGCCUUCAUUAUGCUCUUAAAGAAAGACAAGGAGCAGCAGCUUGGUGAGCUCACCAUGAUUGUCACAGGUAUCCUGCUCUUCAACAAAGUUGGGAGAAAGAGAGAGGAGGAGAUCAACAUUCAUAAACUAAUGCCUCCCAUUUUCCAAGAAGGUCUUUCAGUUGUGAGUAACCAUAUAGAAAAUGAGCUGAGUGUCACACAGAGAUUGGUAUGGAAAUAUACAGCUGUGCUGGAGAAGAUAACAUACCCCGACAUUGAGCCUGGACUGUGUGACACCCCCAUCAUCCUGCUCAGACAGGCUCUCUACAACAAGAGGCAACAUGAACUUUUCCUCAAAGUGUUACUGGGUGAUGCAUGUUUAUGUGCCAAGCAUGUUGAAGUCCUGCAGACUGAGUUCUUAUCACAGAUGAAACUUCUGAAAGAAACUAUAAAGUCAAAAACAGCUUUACCAACUGCAUCUGUGUUUCCACUUUUCAAGGUCCUCUCACAACUGUGGUUUCAACUUCAGGAUCAGGCUGAGUAUAUGAAAAUGCUCAAUAGCAUCACGUUCAAUCUUCAGCCUUUCCUAGCCUCUCAGGCCAAGAUUUUUUCUGAAAGUUAUCUGGACAACCUGCUGGAGGAGUCAGAGGUGAAGACAGAUGAACAGAGGAUGGCUGAGUCUUCAGAUGAGCGCAUUGAUCCACUUCAGGUGAAGACACAGGAAUGGCUCUGGCCUGAAACAACAGCCAGUUUCAACAGCCUGCCGUUAGAGUACAAUGGAGUCUGUGGCUACACAUUUGUGAACAGAGAUGGACUACUUCUUCCAGGUAAUCCACACAUUGGAGUUCUGAAGCACAAGGGGAAGCUCUAUGCUUUUAAUUCAAAAAAAGCUGCCUUGAAGUUUGCUUCCAGGCCAGAUGACUUUAUCGCAGAGGUGGCGGAAAAAGCAAAAUGCUCUCCUGAACUCAUUCAGCUCCUCAAACUCCACCAUUUUUCCCAUGUCACUCCUUACUUUGAGAUGCAGCAAGAAGAGUGUUUACUGGUAAUGUCCAUCACUAAGUGUGAGAGCGGCACACAGACUGAUAUCCAUCUGAUGGAAAAAAACAUGGUUACAUCUUAUGAAUGGAAUGAGUGGGAGCUUAGACGAAAAGCUCUCAAGCUGGCAGAUCUUCGGACCAAAGUGACCCGCUCAGUUCAGACUGAUCUGAGUCAAGGGAGACGAGAAAAUAUCACUCAAACCUGGCUGCUCUUGGACACUACCUGUCAAAGCAAGAGAGAUGAUGAGACUGUCAUGGCCAAACCUCAGAUCUAUGUGGCAGCUCUGAGGGGACAAAGAGAUGAACAUGUGGUCAAAACAAAUCUUACCAGAUCCUUAGAUGAAUAAUCAAGUUGUACAAAGUUAUAAGCGUGUUGUGUUUUUGUGCAAGAAGUCUGCAUACUGCACAAGUGUGAGGGUUAAAAAAGGAUACUAAUGCAUCUGAGCUAAUGCAACAUAUACAGAGAAAUACAGUAUGUAAUGAUUUAUGAAAUAAAGAAUUCAUUAAUAAAUCAAGAAUAUAUUU